AUGGAACCUGGAACCCUGGAACCAAAUAUGGAACCUAAAUUUGUGGAACCGAAACCAAGGAAGAGCAUGGAACCAAAAAGAGUGGAACCCAAGGAACCUAAAAUAGUUAAGCAAAUUUGGGAACACCUCCAACAGGAGAAACUGGAAAGAGUUCUGUUUCAUUAUGAGAUUAGUGAGAUGGUGAGAGAAUGGCAGCAAGGAAUUAGUGAAAUCAAGCACACCAUUAAGGAGUUAAUAAGCCAAAAGCAGGUUCCAAUAGUUAGAACCAGCCGAGAGAAAAAGACCGAACCAAACACGAGAGAAAGAAAAAGAAAAUCCCUGCUCCCUCCUUCUGGUUUGAAAUAUAAAAGUUCCGAAUGGUGA